AUGGAUGAUCGUCGUGGACUUGAUCUGAAUGAAGUAGCAAUUGAGGCUUUGAGUGAUUCAGAAAAUUUGGAAAAGGGUGGUUUAUCUGGCAGUAAUGCAAGGAUGACAAGCAGCGGUGAUGUAAGAAAAGAAGCAGAUGGUAGUAAGCAUGCAAGCGGUAGCAACACAAAUGUAUCUGCUGAUACAGAAGCUGAAACUGGACAAACAUUGUCGAGUGAUGACUCAGAUGGUGGUGAUGAUGAUGACGAAGAAGUCCAGUCAACACCAUGUAGUCAAACUAACAUCCAGACACCUUACCCAGGCAUGAUGUUUGAAUCUUGGGAUGAGGCAAAGUUGCACUACAACAGAUAUGCUCAUCAAGUUGGUUUUUCCAUCAAGUGUAGUACAUCGAAGAACUCGACCAUUGAUGGACAGAAGGACAAGCAGCUUUUUGUUUGCAACAAGAGUGGGAAAAAUGAGGAUAUAAAUCAACUAGAUGUACCUCCAGUUAGGCAAAGGAACCGGAGCAUCACUAAGAAAACAGAAUGCAAGGCUCGUAUGAGAGUAAGAAGGAAAGGGAAGAAGUGGCAUGUAACAUACUUCAUUGAGGAGCACAAUCACAAAUUAAUAAAGAAAUUCUCGUUGAAGAAGUACUUAAGGUCUCAUAAAGGAAUUCCUAAGGAGGAAAAGGAUUUUGUGAGACUAUUGCAUAAGGUCAGUCUCUCAGCAGGAAGGAUCAUGCGGAUUAUGGCAGAAGUAUAUGGAGGUCUAGGCAAUGUUCCGUACGACAGUAAAGAUGUGAGCAACUUAAUGUCUAAGAUAGAUAACGAGCACUCACAUAAAGACAUGUCGCUGCUGUUAGCUCACUUUGCAAGGAUUAAGAAGGAUGAUCCUGAUUUCUACUUCAACUUACAUACUGAUCAUGCAGACAAGGUUGACCGCAUAUUCUGGGUGGAUGGAGCUGCUAUAGCUGCAUACAAAAACUAUAGCGACUGCUUGUCAUUUGACACUACCUACAUGACCAAUAUGUAUGGCAUGCCCUUUGCCCCAUUCGUUGGUAUUAACCGAUAUGGUCAAACUAUACAACUAGGCUGCGGUUUCCUUCGGAACGAGAAUGUUGAGAGUUUUGUAUGGCUUUUUGAGGAGUUUCUUGAAGCUAUGGGUGGCGUCCAACCGCAAAACAUCAUAACUGAUCAAGAUGCAGCCAUGCGAACUGCUAUUCUGGAAAAAUUUCCUGAUUGUUGUCACAGGAACUGUAGGUGGCACAUUAUGCAAAAUGCGCAACCUGUACUUGGUAAUUUCAUGUCUAAGCAUGAGGAUCUAAGGAAUGAAUUGAAUGAAAUUAUUGACUACAGCAUGGCAGUUGAGGAAUUUGAAGGUAGGUGGGCAGAUAUGAUAGUCAAACACAAUGUUGCGGACAACACAGAUUUGAGUGACCUCUAUCGUAUCAGACGUACAUUUGUCCCUGCCUACUUUAUGGACCGGUUCUUCCCGUUCCUACAGACUACUGCUCGCAGUGAGGGUUUCAAUGCUGUUUUGAAAAGGAACAUUGACCCGCACAAUAGCCUGCACAAUUUCUUUGAACAGUACUUGAAGUUGCAGGAAAAAAUUGAUGUAUCAGAGGACUCUGUUGAGUUUAAGGAUGAAGAUAAAACUGUUAGGGUCUGGGGAGAUUUCCCUCUGGAAGAGCAAGCUUUGAAUGUUUAUACACGACCCAUAUACUUACGUUUCCGUGCUGAGAUUCGGAAAGUGACAUCCUACAAUGUACAACAGCUUGAUGCAGAAAAAUUUGAUGUUGUUCCAAUUAAGCAUUCAGUCUUUGGUUAUGGGCGGAAAAGAUACAGGGUUGACGCUAACUUUGCGAUAGAAACUUACAGUUGUGAGUGCUGCAAGUUUAGUAGGGACGGGCUGCUGUGCUGCCAUAUAAUGAGAGUUAUGGUACAAUUGGGUGUAAUUGACUACAUUCCAGAGAAAUACAUUUUAAACAGAUGGAGAGUACCCCAGGAAACAAUCGUGGUGGAAAAGAUGGAUUUGCCUAAAGUGCCAGCUGAUAGGAAAAUGAAUAACAAAGAAAGGCAGUUGCUACGGUAUGGAACGUUAUGCAAUGAUUUUACAAGUGUAGCCAAAAUUGCAUGUACUUCAGAGAAAGCAACAGCUGUAGCAGAUAAAUACAUCGCCGCUCUGGAGAAGGAGUUGAAAGCAAUGAAAGCUUCCGACUCGGCGAAACGGAAAAAAAAGAAGACCGCUGGUACCACUGAAGGUGACUCACCAGGUGUACAAAACAGUGGUGAUCCUGGACAAGGAAGUUCUUCCAGAUUUGAUCAUGUUGAGGAUCCUGUGUACACUACCACUAAAGGGCGUCCAGGAGAAAAAAGAAAGAAAUCUGGUCUCCACUUGAAGUCUUCUAAAUCCGUGAAGUGCACUGUUUGUGGUUCUAUUCAUCACACUGCAGCUACAUGCCCCUCAAAGCUUACCCCAGGGCCAGAGCAAAAGGAAAUAGACUUUUUCCGUGACAUGGUGUAG